AUGACCCAAGGCCACCAGAGCCCGGCCUUGGGUUCACCCUUAACCUCCCAUCUUCAAGGGUCACCCCAACCAGUGACUCAGUACCAGCAGAGUCCAGACGUAGGGUCACCACUUCCUGUACCCUCGCACCUCCAGGGGUCACCACAAACUGUGACUCAAUAUACUCAAACUCAGGUCACGGGGUCACCAAUUCCAGUAACCCAAUACCAGCAGAUCCAAGUCAUUGGGUCACCCCUACCUGUAACCCACUACCAGCAGAGUCCGGCCACAGAGUCACCCCUAUCUGUGACCCACUACCAGCAGAGUCCGGCCACAGGGUCACCAUUUUCUGUGACCCAGUACCAGCAGAGUCCAGCCAUGGGUUCACCCCUACCUGUGACCCAGUACCAGCAGAGUCCAGCCACAGAGUCACCCGUACCUGUGACCCAGUACCAGCAGAGUCCAGCCACAGAGUCACCCCUAUCUGUGACCCACUACCAGCAGAGUCCAGUCACAGAGUCACCCGUACCUGUGACCCAGUACCAGCAGUGUGUGACCCAGUACCAGCAGAGUCCAGCCACAGAGUCACCUGUACCUGUGACCCACCAGCAGAGUCCAGCCACGGAGUCACCCGUACCUGUGACCCACCACUACCAGCAGAGUCCAGCCACAGAGUCACCCGUACCUGUGACCCAGUACCAGCAGAGUCCAGCCAUGGGUUCACCCCUACCUGUGACCCACUACCAGCAGAGUCCAGCCACAGAGUCACCAGUACCUGUGACCCACUACCAGCAGAGUCCAGCCACGGAGUCACCCGUACCUGUGACCCACUACCAGCGGAGUCCAGCCACAGAGUCACCUUUAUCUGUGACCCACUACCAGCAGAGUCCAGCCACAGAGUCACCUUUAUCUGUGACCCACUACCAGCAGAGUCCAGCCACAGAGUCACCAGUACCUGUGACCCACUACCAGCAGAGUCCAGCCACGGAGUCACCCGUACCUGUGACCCACUACCAGCGGAGUCCAGCCACAGAGUCACCUUUAUCUGUGACCCAGUACCAGCAGAGUCCAGCCACAGAGUCACCAAAACCAGUGACGUCAAACCUCGAGAAUCAGGUCACGGGGUCCCCACUUCCCGCAACUCAACAAAGCCCAGGGAGUGAAAAUGUUACAACUUUGACCCCGAGCCAAACGAACCCAGCCUAA